AUGACUAACGACAAACUCGCCGAGGACCGCGCUCUACGGAGCCAACAGAAUCAAGAAUACGCGGAUAGUUUGGCGAAGGAUUUGGCAAAAAAAGAGGAAAAAGAGAAGAUUCGAUUGGAGGCGGAGCGAAAAGUGCUCCGGAAACAAACGAUUCAGUUGUAUAGAGAGAAAAUCCAAGCAGAUCAGCCGCCUCCAACCAGUGGCCCACCGUACCACCACCUACUAAUCCGCUACCCAUCGGGCGCCCGUCUCCAGCUCCGCCUCUCCACCACCACGGAUACAGUAACCCAACUAUUCGACGCCAUCCUCCGCCACCCGGCAUGUCCCGACUUUUUCACAGUGAGAAGUAUUCUCCCGUCUGGCGAGAUUCGCGGGAUCUACCCGCCGUGGUACUCGAAAAUUCUUGGGGAAGAGUUUGGUACAGAGGACUUUUUGACGCCACAGAAGACGUCACUUCAGGAGACGUGCCCCGAUCACUCGUGUCUUUUCAUAAACAUGAUACAUCACUAG